CUGACUUUGGGUGUGUACACAGUUCAACCGAGCUGUGUGAUGGCGUCUACUGUGCACGCCACUGCACUCUGGCUGCUCCUCGCUUCAGCGUCUGCGGCAGCGGGACUGCGUGUUGAGCAGUUCUUGCAGCCCAACGUCAUCUCAGACAUGGACUACUUCCGCGAGACUUCGUGCUACAGACCCUGCGAGGAAGGCUCCCCACCCAGAAUAUGCUACUAUAAUUGGACACUGCAGAACUACAAAACCAUGGGACCGGCCUGCAGAAACUGCCCAGCCAAUGUAACGGACUGCUUCCAGAAUCAAUGCAUCACGGCUGAUGGGUACGAACGUGGAAUUAUUGCGGUCAACAACCAGCUUCCGGGACCAUCCAUACAGGUAUGCUUCGGGGACAGAAUUAUUGUGGAUGUAGUGAAUAGGAUCCCGGGACAAACCACGACAAUCCACUGGCAUGGCACAGAUCAGAUUGGAACGCCACACAUGGACGGCGUUCCUAUGAUCACGCAAUGUCCGAUAUCACAAACUACGACCUUCAGAUAUGAUUUCAAAGCAGAUACAUUCGGCACGUUAUACUGGCAUUCACACAACGGCUUCCAGAAGCAGGACGGGAUUCAAGGGGCAAUGGUAGUCCGCAGACCCACUUCUUUGGAACCAAAUAGUCACCUGUAUGACUAUGAUUUGGCGUCACACGUCAUCUUCGUUAGUGACUGGAUGAAGUCGUCAGCUGGAGAACAUCUUCCCGGUCUUGAAACGCAUGACAAGUUCCAGAAUCCGGACUCCAUACUCAUAAACGGCAAAGGGAGAAAAGAGAUGGAUGGUCUGUAUGCAGAGACCCCAUUAUACUUGUUCCGGGUGAGGCAGGGUAAGAAUUACCGGUUCCGGAUCGUGGGAGGGAUGUGCACUUCCUGUGCAUACAAGUUCAGCAUCUCUCAUCACACUCUACUCGUCAUCGCUGUGGAUGGAUGUCCAGUUGAACCAGUUCGAGUCAACUCAAUCGACAUGUAUGGAGGGGAACGAUAUGAUUUCGUGCUGGAAGCUUCAGAAGAGGUUCGAAGUUACUGGAUACACGUGGAAGCUAUCGGUAACUGUGAGGAACUGCAGCUGUACUCUCUGGGAAUUCUUCGCUACAGCGGUGCCAAGUCUCAAUUUCUUGACGACCCGGGGUAUACAAGCCAUCAUGAUGAGAAGGUUCUGAACCCGUACAAUGGGACCUGCAGCAAGAGACACGAGGGUGUAUGCAUUCAUCAGCUGAUAGGUUUAGAGCCCGUGGCGCACAGAGUCACUGCGCAAGAUCCGGACGUUUCAUUCUCACUCAGGUUUGGCUUCCACACAUUCUCCGUGGAAGAUCUCUCUCAGCACAGAGAGUAUGAGACAUACUUCGAACCGUCAAGCAACAGACGGAUGAGCAGUGUGGUGAAUAACAUAAGCUUCUCUUUCCCGUCGUCCCCGCUACUGAGUCAGCGACAUGACGUCAAGCAAAGUGUUGUAUGUCCCAAGGGACAAGAUGGCGCUCCCCGGUGUCCUCUGGGUUCAGGGAGUUACUGUCAGUGUCUGCACAUCAUCCAGAUCCCACUCUGCGCAGUCGCUCAGUUUAUUCUGAUUGACAAGGGUAAUGGAGGAGUCAACCAUCCUUUUCACUUGCAUGGCUACUCCUUCUAUGUUAUUGCAAUGGGAACGUUUGAGAAUGGGCAAACCGAAGAUGAUAUAAUCGAAGGCUUGCAUCGUGGCACCUUGGAAAUUUCGAAGAACCCGCCAUUUAGGGACACAAUAGCUGUACCUGCUUCUGGGUACACUGUCAUCAGAAUUCUGGCCAGAAACCCAGGUUACUGGUUCUUCCACUGUCACGUGCUGUACCAUGGAACAACUGGGAUGGCCCUCGUGCUUCAGGUGGGAGAAGACAGUGAUAUGCCUCGUCCACCACCAGGGUUCCCGAAGUGCGGUGACUAUGUCCCAGCAGUCUACGACGAGAAACGCCGUACUUUCUCAACUUAUAGUAUGGGAUAGUCAUAACACAAUCUCGACUACAAGAUAAGUUUUACUGCAAAGAGCACGGUCAUAUGGGUUGUACUGUCGUGUUAUAAACCAAUGGUAGUUCAGAGACUGCCCGACUUUCCGAAGAACAUGUCGCCUUCAUCUGCCGGGUAUGCUUUAUUCUUGCUUGGCUUAUCCUUUAACUCUGAAGAAGCUGGUUAUAUGUUGCUUCGAAACAUUGGGCUCUUUCAGAAGUUCAUAAUAUGUAUUACAACCCAAAAACCUUAUUCACAGCCAACGCCUUGAAUUUCAGAUACGAAAGGUUUUAAUGGAUCGACAAUUCUUGCAACAGAAAACUUAAAUAUA